AUGAACGAUCGGCCAAAGGAAGAAGGACAAAUUGCAAAGUCGAUGGCAAUGAAUAGUGAUACUCUCCAAAGUAUCACGAGUGUCCCUCCUGUUAUCAAUCAACCUAAGCCUUCUCAACCUACUUUCGGUUCCAGUAACAUCAAGUCUAUCGAUCUUUAUUCAGAUUCUGAUGACGAACCUAAAGAAGAUAAAGAGGUAGAGAUCAGGUCUGCAAGACAAGGCACGGCUGAGGAAGUGAUCACGGUUUCAUCUUAUCCGAAACGAAAUCUUCCAUCGGUCAAUUAUGACGAAGGCAUCUGGAGCAUCAAAAUACGUAGUCCAAAGCGAACUAAACUAACGCCCACGCAGUCAAUCCCAAAACUGCAUGGUGUUAUUGUUGGUACUUGGAAAGACUCAGAGCAAUUCGACGACCACGACAAACAUAUCGUUCAUGGCUUCAUCGAUGAUGGAGGACGACUUCGGUUUAGAAUAUACGGAACAAAUCGUCAACGCAACAAGUCUUUGGCCAUUCCUCCAGGAGCUUACGGUUGCUGGGUCAAAUUUCAAAAUAUCGCCUUUGAUCCUUAUCUAAGUACAAAGACUCCUGAUCAAAUUAAGGAAUACGUCAUUUUCAAAUCACAGGAGAACCAAAAACAAUCAGAUGGAAUUCCACGAGUAUCUCGAGACGUUGACGAUGAUGCUUCUGCUAAAGUCAAUGACAUUCAAUCAUCGUCUAAACCAGAAAUUCUCCUUGGAUUUUGGGCGGACUCAAACCAAGUGGAUAUCAAAGACAAACACGCAGUAUUUGGUACUAUUGUCCUCAACAGCAAUCAUAAAUUCAGAUUCAUGAUUCGAAAAUCUACUCGUGAUGGACGGUUUGUGUUGGGUAAUUUUCCGGUAGGCGCUGGGAAUUAUCAAGCUCAAUACGAAAAUAUUGUGCUCGAGGAGUAUUUGUCUAAGCUGAAGCGCUCGGAAGUUGAACAGUAUAUUCUCAUUCGUCAAAGAGAAAUACUGGAAGGUGGCGAUCGUGAUUCGCGCAGCCAGCAACUCAACGCAGUUAAAUUAGCCAAGGCUGCUGCAGCAUCAAAAUAUCCGUCAGAUCCAAGUCUCUCUGGCCAUGAUAUUUCCAAUCCCGAUCUUGAGAUUGAACAAUCUCUCAGACGCAAAGAGAUAUCGAGAGGAAAGAUAGCAGAUAGAAAAGAGCCGCCACAUCUGCAGGGAACAAAUGAUAUUUCUGUCGACUUCACUCUUGAAGAAAAACCUGCUCCCUAUAGGAAAUUUUCGGCUGAGCGGCAACUUGCAAAGUCGAUGAACAAAUUGAACAAAACAUGGGAAGCUCAACAGGAAGCGAAGACUCAGCAGCCAGUCACGUCUCCACAUUCAGAGGCUAUUGCAAGUGGCAGCUCUUUGACCAAUGAUAAUGACAAGAUACACAAUGGCAUCAAAUACACGAGAAGACAGAAUGGUGUAUUCGAGGGGAAACAUGUUGGGCCCCCACAGCUUCUGAAUAUAGAUGGAGAAGACUACGUCGAGUAUCGGGUGCUGACAAAAGCGGCUACUUUUUGA